CUCGUGUGCCACCACCACAACAAACAGAUAGCUCGUCCGCAUUAUCACUCGUCUACUCCUUGUCGCGGACCCUCUCAGCGACACAUCCAUCAGCAUGGCUAGUCAAGGCGGCAGUGACGCUUCGCCGCCGCUGUCCUACUGCCACCAAUGCUCUUUUGAAGGGCGUCCUUUGCUUCAGCCUGGACCAACGUGUCCCCGGUGUGGAUCGGACUUUAUGGAGGAGAUCACUCCUUCAAGUGACCUCGGCCUUGGAAACAACACUCCACCCAUUGGCCCCGAUGCUCAGCCGCCGCCCCCAAGAGGGGGAGGCGGAGCAUCUCUGGACAUCGGCGGCGUCCUAUGGAAUCUCAUGAGCACCUUCACCGGAGCUGCAAGUGCAGGGAACCAGUCGCAGAGCGAUGCCAACGCCUCUUCAAGGUCUCAGCCACACAAUUCGCAGUCCGGAGCAGACUCUCCGAGAGAGGAAGGAGGGCCUCGAGUCAGGUCUGGGGGCGGUCGAUUGGGGCCAUUCGGAUUUCAGUACGCUUACAUGAACAGCAACGGACUAGGGGGAGGAAGCAGCAGCAGCAGUGCCAACAGUACAGGCCGCGGUAGCAGCAACAGCAAUCCAUACCACGGCGCAUACGCCCGACCCGACGACGGAAUGGGAGGAGCAGGUGGAGGUGCAGAUGGUCGGCCAUUCGACUACGGCUCGCAUACUACCCAGAAUGAGAACGACCCUUUCGGUUGGGCUGAGCGAGGGGGGGAGGCUCAUGAACAGCCUUUACCUCCACAAUUCGCAGUCCUGCGCAAUGCCCUGGUAGAUAUCUUCGGUACAGCAGAUGGAGAGAACGAAGGCUCCAACGGGGCGGCGCCUGCUGGGGAUAUCAUCAAUGGUCUCUUCUCUUCAUUCUUUGGCGCUGCAGGCGGAGGCAGGAUGGGGGACUACGUACUGGGCCAGCAAGGCUUAGACGACAUCAUCACCCAGAUGAUGGAGCAGACUCAAGGGUCUACAGCUCCGCCGCCUGCUAGCGAAGAAGCCAUCGGCAAGCUGAAGCGGCUUAAGAUCGGUGACUCUACGGCCUCCAAGCUUGCGAGAAACCGAGAAUGUCCGACCUGCUUCGAUGAGAUUAUCCCCAGUACGGCUCCCACCUCUCCGACACAUUCUCGUCGACCUUCGGAAGCGGCCGGGUUCACAGGCGAUGCACAUGACGAUCCGCCCGAGUACCUGCCCGGGGAGGAGCCCGCGAGCGAUACCCUGGUGCUGCUUCCCUGCAAGCACGCAGGCCACGAGGAGUGCAUAGUCCCAUGGCUUCAGCGCAACGGCACAUGUCCCAUCUGCCGAGAAGCUCUGGAGCCCAGCGCAACGGCAUCAGGCAGCUCAGGGCAAGCGCAGCAGCAGCAAGAAGCUGCUGGGCCCAGCGCAGGAAUGGCAACAAGCUCACAGGCAUCGGGGCGGGCGCAGUCCUCUCACAAUCCAUAUACCACUGCGCAGUCUUUCGGAGAGCUGGAGGAUACGGAUGAGGAGUGGGAGGACGAAGAAGAUUCGCCGGAAGAGCGCAGGAGGAAGACACGCGAGGCGGCAGAGAGGCGGACACGUGGUAGUGGUAGUGAAGCCCGGUUUGGGACACAGGAGGAGUCCAGCAGGAUGCCCGGCGGAUUCGAAGCAGGCAUCCUACGGAGUCCGGAUCAGGAUCCGUAUGAUCUCGACUAGUAUGUUCUCAAAGGCAUUCUUACAGCUACUGCACCAUACCCACGCUCACCCUAGUUUGCACUUGUCAAUACGAAUCACCACUUUGGUUUGGAUGUUC